AUGCCCACAAAAAGGGGAUCCUCCUCUCAUCGUCGUACAGACGGAAUGCCGGAACGAAUCAAAGACAAUGUGAAAGUGCCUGAGUCGAUUCCCUAUUCAAGCCCAGCAUCCGAAUUCAUUUAUGGCACGAGCGCAGUGGAAGCUGCACUGAGAUGUGGUAGGCGGAAACUAUACAAAUUGUAUCUCUAUCAACGAGCCGGAGAGGACCUUGGCCCGGCCAAGGCUGCGCUUCGAAAGCUGGCCCUUUCGAAAAGUAUUGAGACGAAGCUGGCCUUCGCCGGAUGGGACCGGCUCAUGGAUAAGAUGUCAGCCGGACGUCCACACAAUGGCUGUGUUCUCGAAGCCUCGCCCUUGCCCCGACUUCCUGUGCGCGGUCUUCACGAGGUCCAGUCGAUAUCGGAGAGUCACUUUCGCGUUGAACUAGCAGCCCAGUCACGAGAGGAAGCUGUGGUCAACGGUACGAAUGACCAUAUUCUUAUCCUGCAUUCUCAGGAUUCUCGUACGGGCCAACAAGCCUAUCGAUACCCAGUCGCUUUGCUCUUGGAUGGGGUCGUAGAUUCCGGCAACAUCGGCGCCAUCAUUCGGUCUGCUUACUACCUCGGAAUUGAUGCAAUCAUCUUUGCUGGCCGCCAAUCAGCUCCUCUGUCCCCCGUGACUAUCAAGGCUUCAGCUGGCGCAGCAGAAAAUAUGAUGUUAUUGCACGCCCCAAACGAAGUCGAGUUCAUCAAACGUUCCAAAAAGAACGGAUGGCGUUUCUAUGCUGCCGACGCGCCUGGUCCGGGUGCCACCCAUGUCGAUCGCUCUGCAACAGAAGGCGAGGAGGUUCUUCCGACGUUGCAUUCCCCUAGUGUGAUCAUGAUGGGAAGCGAGGCGUCUGGACUGAAUUCUCACAUCAAGUCGCAUGCGGACUCCGUCGUGAGCAUUCCUGGUGCCCGUCAUAGUGCUCAUCUGGGUGUGGAGGCGGAUCCCGCCCGCGUUGACAGUCUCAAUGUGAGCGUUGCCGCGGCCUUGUUGAUGGAGAUGUUCUUGCGAACUCCACUUGCCAUGUCUGCACCGAUCAGGAAAAGCAAAGACCGCGUGUGGUAG